AUGGCCAUGGAAAUCGUCAAGCACAGCGAGGAGGAGGAGUUCGCCAUCAAGCCGCAGGCGUCGGUCCCUCAGUUGGACACGAGCAGCUGGCCUCUGUUGCUCAAGAACUACGACAAGCGCAAGUUCCCUUUUCUCCCUUUGGGCUUUAGCGAAUCGCUCCCGACUGACCGGUCUGCAGUUCUCGUCCGGACGGGUCACUUCACCCCCAUUCCGGCAGGAUGCAGCCCUCUGAAGCGAGACAUCAAGUCGUACAUCUCUAGCGGUGUCAUCAAUCUUGACAAGCCCUCCAACCCCAGUUCCCACGAGGUUGUUGCUUGGGUCAAGCGAAUGCUUCGCUGCCGUUGUCAGUCAGUCAACAACACUUGCGAGAGAACGAAAAUGAGGGGCAUCGACGAAUCCGUCGAGAAGACUGGUCACAGCGGUACCCUUGAUCCCAAGGUCACUGGUGAGUCGUGUCCCACAUAUUUGUCUCGAACGUGUUUUGCUAACUUUCUCAGGUUGUUUGAUUGUUUGGUUAGUAUUAACCCACUGAUCACCAAUGGAGCGUUCCAUGAGAGAACUGCAACUGAUGAAUUGAACAGCGUCGACCGCGCCACCAGACUCGUCAAGUCCCAGCAAUCCGCUGGUAAGGAGUAUGUUGCCGUUAUCCGUCUUCACGACAAGCUGCCCGGCGGCCAAGUGCAGUUUGCCCGCGCCCUUGAGACCUUGACCGGUGCCCUCUUCCAGCGCCCGCCUUUGAUCUCUGCCGUCAAGCGUCAACUGCGUAUCCGUACCAUUCACGAGAGCAAGCUCAUCGAGUUUGACAAUGAUCGCCACCUCGGUGUCUUCUGGGUCUCCUGCGAAGCUGGAACCUACAUCCGUACUCUCUGUGUCCACCUCGGUCUCUUGUUGGGCGUUGGUGGUCACAUGCAGGAGCUCCGCAGAGUGCGCAGUGGUGCCAUGGACGAGACCAAGGGCAUGGUCACUCUGCACGAUGUGCUUGAUGCUCAGUGGACGAUGGACAACACCAGGGAUGAGUCUUACCUGCGCAAGGUCAUCUCUCCCCUGGAGACUCUUCUCACUGGCUACAAGCGUAUUGUGGUCAAGGACAGCGCUGUCAACGCUGUCUGCUACGGUGCUAAGCUUAUGCUUCCCGGUCUUUUGAGAUACGAGUCUGAAAUUGAGGUUCACGACGAGGUUGUCCUCAUGACCACCAAGGGCGAGGCCAUUGCCCUCGGUAUCGCCCAGAUGUCCACCGUUGAGAUGUCGACAUGCGAUCACGGCGUUGUCGCCAAGGUCAAGCGUUGCAUUAUGGAGCGCGACCUGUACCCCAGAAGAUGGGGACUUGGCCCCCUUGCUUCCGAGAAGAAGAAGCUCAAGGCCGACGGCAAGCUUGACAAAUACGGUCGCCCCAACGAGGCCACUCCCGCCAAGUGGGUAUCUGAGUACAAGGACUUCGGCGCCGUCGAAGGUGCCGCCGCGGCUUCGGCCUCUGCUCCGGCCACGCCCCAGAAGACGGUGGAGACCACGACCGUCACUACCAGCGCCGCAGUCACCCCUGCCAACAACGAGGAUGACGGUGAGAGCAAGAAGCGCAAGAAGCACGAGGGCGAGACACCCGACGAGAAGGCGGAGCGCAAGCGUCGGAAGGCCGAGAAGAAGGCCGCCAAGGCCGCGAAGAAGGCGGCCAAGUCAGGCGAUGCUGAAGACGAUGACGACAGCGAGUAA